UCUAUGUCAAAAGUUUAACUCAUGUUUUCCUCGUGAGAUACUCAAAUAAAAAUAUGCAAAAUUAAAUAACAAUUUGCAUGAGUGUUUAUUUAUUUCAUUUAUAAAAAGGCUAGUCUUUGUAAUUUUGAUGCCGAGUAUUAUUUACGGAAAAUUAUAUAAGUUAAUAACAUCAAAUAUAUCCAAAAGGUUUACGAGCACAAUAAAUAGGGACAAAAUGCAAGUGUUUACGCAGAAAAGGAACCCUUUAACCGGCAGUACAGAAUGGGAUGUCCAACACGAAGACUAUGAUUAUCACCAGGAAAUAGCACGGUCUGCGUUUGCUGAUAUGCUUCACGAUACUGAGAGGAACAAGAAAUAUUAUCGAGCUCUACAACUGGCUAUAGAAAAGAUGCACACAGAGGGAAAGAAGGCCAAUGUUCUAGAUAUUGGUACUGGAACUGGGCUAUUAUCAAUAAUGGCAGCAAAAUGUGGUGCAGACUCAAUAACAGCUUGUGAGGCUUUUAAGCCUAUGGCAGACUGUUGUCUUAAAAUACUGCAGCGUAAUGGGGUAGCAGAUAAGAUUAAGGUCAUACCUAAAAGAUCAACUGAGUUGGUGGUUGCAGAGGACGGAGAUAUGAAGGAGAGGGCCAAUAUACUUGUUACUGAGGUCUUUGACACUGAAUUGAUCGGUGAAGGAGCACUGUCUACAUUUGAUCAUGCCCACAAGCAUCUUCUAGAGAAAGAUUGUAUUGUUGUACCAGAUUCGGCUGUUAUAUAUGCACAAGUUGUGGAAUGUCCAACGUUACAGAAAUGGAACAAAUUGAAUGAUUUGGCUAAUGAGGAUUUAGAAAUAAUAUUGAGGACUCCUUCUAAGAUGAAAGCAUGUGCCGGUUCAGCAGCUGUACAUGAUAUACAAUUAUCGCAAUUGCCUCGAAAUGCCUUUACAGAGAUUUCCGACCAGAUUCCUGUAUUUUAUUAUGAUUGGUCAGGCCGUUCAGCUAUUAAUAUGAAGAGGACUGUUAAACAACAGUUCACUGUGAUGGCUACAGCCAAUGCCCAGAUUGUGUUUAUGUGGUGGGAGCUUAAUAUGGAUACAGAAGGUAAAAUUGUAUUAAGUUGUGCCCCAUGGUGGAGUCAUCCAGAUGCUGAUUUGUCAUCCGAAAGACCGCAAGACUCUAUACCAUGGCGCGAUCAUUGGAUGCAGGCAGUGUACUAUCUUCCACAACCUAUUUCCGUGCAAAAGGACUCAGAAGCAACUCUAGUCUCUUGUCAAGAUGAAUAUUCCUUAUGGUUCUAUUUAGAAAACCAUGAAACAAAGUACACAAAGUAUGUACGACCAAUAUGUGAGUGUGGUGUUCAUAUGGCAUUAUCAAGAACCCAUGUGUCGUAUUUGAAUGAUGGAAGACGAAGUAAAAAGAUGCUAGCACAGAUAAAAGAAGAUUUAGUAAGAGACGCAAUUGUACUAGACUUAAAUGGAAGUAGUUUUCUUGGACUUGCUGCAGCGAAAAUGGGCGCGAAAAUGGUGUACAUUAUGGAAAAUAUGCAUUUACACAUAAGCAUUUUGAAUGAUUAUUUGAAGGAGAAUUCAAUAGACAAUGUGAAAAUUAUAUCAGAGCCAAGUGAAGAGAUUCUUAGUGAAGUUACAAAUGUUAUUUGUGAUCCGAAUUUUAGUAGUGCAAUAUUACCGUGGGAGAAUUUAAAGGUUGCUUAUCUUUUGCAUAAAUACAGAAGUAAUUUGAAGGAAAGUGUGGCUAUUAUGCCGGAAGUCUGUGAAUUUUGGGCGAUGCCGGUUGAGUUUAAUGAUUUGCAUAAAAUAAGGAUACCAUUAAAUGUUUGUGAAGGGAUCCAUAUGGGAAUAUUUGAUGAGCUGGUCGAGAAUUCACGAAUAAUAAGUGAUGCAGAAAUCGAGGCUCAGCCUCUCUGGGAGUAUCCUUGCAAAUGUAGUGGGCAGCCGAAGAAACUUCUAGAAGUACAUUUGAAAGAUCUUAAAGCAACAUUUGCAACAGACGGUGUGAACACGAUAGCAGAAUCGUCUGACGGUAGUUUCGCAGUGAAUGGCUUCGCAAUAUGGGCGGUUUGGAUAAUUGGUGGCAAACCAAUAAGUACUGGGCCAACAGAGUGGCCCAUCAUUGGCCAACAAGUGCAAUGGGAUAUGCAUUCAAGACAGGGUGUGAAAAUCUUAAAAAAUGCCCAAAUAGUGUCAAGUGCGGACAAAUGGAAUUAUCAAGUUGCGUGUGAUUUGGAGAAGGGACAGUUCAAUAUGGUGAUCGAUUUGGUUGCUACUGAAUCAUAAAUUGUUACAAUAAAUGUACGUUAUACUUU